UGGCCGCGGUGAAUGGAGCCGCCGGGGCCGCCCGGCCGCGCUGCCCCCCACGGAGCCGGGCCGGGAGCGCCUCCGGCGGCCGCGGCGGGGUAGUCCAGGCCCCUCCGUCAGGCUUGCGGUUUGGGAAGAAAAGGCGAUGCCUCCGCCAAGAAAAGAGCGAGAGCGGCCCCCUCCCCCCUCCGCCGAACCCGGGCGGCGGCGGCACAUCUAACGCGCGGGCACCCGGGCCGCCGCGGCCCCCGCAAAUACGCCCAGGCUCGGCCCCCGCCGUUCAUUGGCGCGGGCCGGAGCCAGCGCACCCAGACCCUGCGCUGCCCUCGGACGGCCGGGCGCGAAGCCCCAGCAGCGGAGGCCGACGGCACCCGUCCCCGAGCGCCUCGACGCCCAACCACCCGCGCCUUCUCCGCCAGACCCGGCGGCCGGGAGCGGGGGCGAGCGAGCAGGAGCCGCCGGCACCCAGCGGCCCGGGCACCCCCGGCCCGGCACCCCCCGCCGCCACCGCCUCAAGGCCGCCCGCUGUCCGCAGGUGGCCGCGGACCCGAGCGGCGCGGCCAUGGGCCAAGGGGUGCGCGUGCUGCUGCUGCUGCUGGGCCUGCUGCACUGCGCUGGGGGCGGCGAGGCCAGGAAGACCUGGCGGCGCCAGGGUCAGCAGCCGCCCCCGCCGCCGCCCCUGCCGCCACCACCCCCGCGGACCGAGCCGGCGCCGGCGGCUGGACAGCCAGUGGAGAGCUUCCCGCUGGACUUCACGGCCGUGGAGGGCAACAUGGACAGCUUCAUGGCACAGGUCAAGAGCCUGGCGCAGUCCCUGUACCCCUGCUCCGCGCCGCAGCUUAACGAGGACCUGCGCCUGCACCUCCUGCUCAACACCUCGGUGACCUGCAACGACGGAAGCCCCGCCGGCUACUAUCUGAAGGAGUCCAAGGGCAGCAGGCGGUGGCUGCUCUUCCUGGAAGGCGGCUGGUAUUGCUUCAACCGCGAGAACUGCGACUCCAGAUACGACACCAUGCGGCGCCUCAUGAGCUCCCGGGACUGGCCGCGCACUCGCAGAGGCACAGGCAUCCUGUCCUCACAGCCGGAGGAGAACCCCCAUUGGUGGAACGCAAACAUGGUGCUGCCGGGCGGCCGGCACCGUGGCAGGCUCACUGUCGUGUGUUGCAGCUUCAUCCCUUACUGCUCCAGUGAUGUUUGGAGCGGGGCUUCAUCUAAGUCCGAGAAGAAUGAGUAUGCAUUCAUGGGCACCCUCAUCAUCCAGGAGGUGGUGCGAGAGCUCCUGGGCAGAGGGCUGAGCGGGGCCAAGGUGCUGCUGCUGGCCGGCAGCAGCGCGGGGGGCACUGGGGUGUUGCUGAAUGUGGACCGCGUGGCUGAGCAGCUGGAGGAGCUGGGCUACCCGGCCAUCCAGGUGCGAGGCCUGGCCGACUCCGGCUGGUUCCUGGACAGCAAGCAGUAUCGCCACACAGACUGCAUCGACACCAUCACGUGUGCGCCCACGGAGGCCAUCCGCCGUGGCAUCAGAUACUGGAACGGGGUGGUCCCAGAACGCUGCCGCCGCCAGUUCCAGGAGGGCGAGGAGUGGAACUGCUUCUUCGGCUACAAGAUCUACCCGACUCUGCGCUGCCCCGUGUUCGUGGUGCAGUGGCUGUUUGACGAGGCCCAGCUGACUGUCGGCAACGUGCACCUCUCAGGGCAGCCCGUGCAGGAGGGCCAGCGGCUGUACAUCGAGAAUCUCGGCCGCGAGGUGCGCCACACACUCAAGGAUGUGCCGGCCAGCUUUGCCCCUGCCUGCCUCUCCCAUGAGAUCAUCAUCCGGAGCCACUGGACGGAUGUCCAGGUGAAGGGGAUCUCACUGCCCCGAGCACUGCACUGCUGGGAUAGGAGCCUCCAUGAUAGCCACAAAGCCAGCAAGACCCCCCUAAAGGGCUGUCCCGUCCACCUAGUGGACAGCUGCCCCUGGCCCCACUGCAACCCCUCGUGUCCCACUGUCCGGGACCAGUUCACGGGGCAGGAGAUGAACGUGGCCCAGUUCCUCAUGCACAUGGGCUUCGAUGUGCAGACGGUGGCCCAGCAGCAGGGACUGGAGCCCAGCGAGCUGCUGGGGAUGCUAAGCAGCGGAAGCUAGGCAGACUGUCUGGAGGAGGAGCCAGCACCAAGGGGCAAGGCCACCCGCUGCCCAGUGCCAUCUCACCCCCCACCAGGCCCUCCCAUCUCUUCAGGACAGGCCCCCAGCCAUCCCCCUGCCUGGGUCUGCCCACCGGCCUCCCGGCCCUGGCUUUGCCUGCCCAUCUCCCAUGGUGUGUAAGAGGCCCAGCCAGAGACAGGGGAUGUGCUGUCAUCCCCAGCUGUGGCCCGAGAGCCCUUCCCGAUGAGGGGAGCCAGAAGAAAUGCGCUGGAUUCCUCAGCCCACCAGCUCAGACAGCCCCCAACCGGCCCCACCCAUCAAGCCCUUUUAUAUUAUUUUAUAAAAUGACUUUUUUAUUACUUUAAUUUUUUAAAAAAGGAACAAUCAAGAAAUAUAUGAUGAAUGAUAUUGUUUUGUAACUUUUUUUAAAUGAUGAAAAAAAGAUAAGAACCUCA